AUGAAGUGUUUAUCUUUUUGAAUUGAGAACCACUGUCACGUGGUACGAGCUGUUCACAUUGAUCGAAGGAACGUACGAUUUUGGAACGCUUUUCAUCCUCUCUUUGAAGUGUUCCUUCGUGCAAGAUGACGAAGGGUACAUCAAGUUUUGGUAAGCGACGAAAUAAGACACAUACAUUGUGCAGGCGAUGUGGUCGCAGCUCGUACCACAUCCAGAAAUCGCAAUGUGCUCAGUGUGGAUAUCCUCAGAAGAAAAUGCGAUCUUAUAAUUGGUCGGUGAAAGCAAAAAGGAGGAAGACCACUGGUACUGGACGCAUGCGUUACUUGAAGAUUGUUCGUCGUAAAUUCAAGAAUGGAUUCAGGGAAGGUUUGCCAAAACCAAAAGCCGUUGCAACUAAAUAAUCUUGACCCAUGUCAUUGUGUUGUAUAUCUAUAAGAAUUUGAUUACUAAUAAACUAUACAAAACUUCAAGGGAAA